AUGCAGUUCACGUCCGCCCUUUCUCUUUUCGCCCUUGUGGUUACACAGGUCAACGCGACUCCAGUGGCUCACACUGUCAAUGUAGGGCUUGAACGGCGACAGACGGCUAGUGGCUGCUACUACUUCUCCGCUCCUCGCUGCUGCGUUCCCGCGGUCUGCCAAUGCAGCAACGGUGCCAUCUACCAGAUCAACCAAGACAACCUCAACAAUGGCCGCCACGGUUGCGAUCCGCCAUGGGGAUACAUUUCCGCAGGCAACACCCAAUUCCCUGGCUACUGCUGCCGGCUUGCUGAGGGACAGCUACCGGAGGGCAUCACUGGAGAGGAGGCUCUUCAGUACCUCAGUGACAAACGCUUUGAUUUGGGCGAACAGUAA